AUGAUAGUAACUGCAUAUCCUGACGGAAGCGCGUACGAGAAGUGUGGUCCCAAUGAAGAAUUCAAAAAUUGUGGUUCAGAAUGUGUGGAUACUUGUGAGAAACCGGCUUCGCCUAUUUGUAAUCUGAAAUGUGUUAUUGGAUGCCAAUGUAAACCAGGUUUUGUAAGAAACAGGGAAAACGAAUGUGUUUUGACUCGUGACUGUUAAAUAUUGAAUG